AUGGCUGGAUCUGGAAUGGGUGAGCUUCGUGCUCCCAUUUGCAAUGGAAGCAACUAUGAUUUCUGGAGAAUAAAGAUGUGCACAAUCUUCAAAUCUCACAAGCUAUGGGAUAUGGUUGAAAAUGGGUAUGAUCAACCUGUGAAGAAGGAAGAUGGAGAAGCUCUGACUGUAGCUCAAAAGCUUGCAAAGGAUGCUAAAGCUUUGGGACUGAUCCAAAGUGCAGUUUCUGACGAAAUUUUUCCCAGAAUUGCAUUGAAGGAGUCAGCCAAGGAAGCAUGGGAAACUCUACAGCAAGAGUUCAGGGGAGAUAAGAAGGUAAGAUCUGUUAAACUCCAAGCACUUAGAAGGGAUUUUGAAUACAUUCAUAUGCAAGAGGAUGAUUCUUUAUCCGGUUAUAUAACUAAGGUGCUUGAGUUAGUAAAUCACAUGAAAGCAUAUGGUGAAGGGAUAGCUAAUCGAAGGAUUGUGCAGAAACUUUUGAUUUGUUUGUCUAGGGAAUAUGAUUCCAUUAUUGAAGUGAUUGAAGAAACAAAAGACACUGAAACUAUAGGAGUUCAAGAGAAAAGGCAUUUUCUAGUCUUAAGUGUGAACUCUAAAGAGCAUUCAAACACUGCACAAGAUGGUAGUUCCAAGUCCAAGAAGAAUUGGAAGUCACAAAAUAAAAGAAAUGGGAAGGGAAAUCUGGAAGCUCUUCUAAAAAGGAGAACCAGAAUGAAGGAGAAAAAGGACCCUGCAAAAUCUUUUGGUCACUUGGCAAAAGACUGCCAUGGCAAGGCACCUCAGGUAGCACAUUAUGCAAAGCACAUGGAGGAAGAAGGAACAAUGUUCUAUGCAUGUCAUGCUGCUUCUGUGCUCAAGAACAGUAGUGUAUGGUAUGUGGACAGUGCUUGUAGCAACCACAUGACCUCACAUGAAUCUCUUCUCAUUGAUAUAGAUACAAAUGUUAUUGCAAAAGUGAAGAUGGGAACUGGAGAUUUGGUUCAAGUCACUGGUAAAGGCACCUUGGUCAUUGAUACAAAAUUUGGACCAUGGCACGUAAAAGAAGUCAUGUGA